AUGAUGCGGAAGGAUACGCAGUGACGUUUUCAACUUGAGGCUCCUCCGCAGCGCUGUGAGAUGAACAGAGAGGAGGUAGGAAGCAGAGGGUGAUCACUCGGUCCAACAUUCAGCAGCAUCAUGGCACCUAUCGGAUUAAAGGCGGUGGUCGGAGAAAAGAUUAUGAAUGAUGUAAUCAAGAAGGUGAAGAAGAAGGGAGAAUGGAAGGCGCUGAUUGUGGACCAGCUGAGCAUGAGGAUGCUCUCCUCCUGCUGCAAGAUGACAGACAUCAUGACAGAGGGCAUCACCAUUGUGGAGGACAUCAACAAACGGCGAGAGCCUCUGCCCAGCCUGGAGGCUAUUUACCUGAUUACACCCACAGAGAAGUCUGUCCACACCCUCAUCGGAGACUUCAAAGACCCUCAUUCAGCCAAAUACAAGGCAGCCCACGUUUUCUUCACUGACUCCUGCCCUGAUCCUCUCUUCAAUGAGCUGGUGAAGAGUCGCGCUUCCAAAUCCACCAAGACUCUGACGGAGAUCAACAUCGCCUUCUUGCCCUAUGAGUCUCAGGUGUACUCUCUGGACAACCCAGAUGCCUUCCACAGUUUCUACAGCCCUCAUAAGACCCAGCUGAAGAACCCAGUGAUGGAGAGGCUCGCUGAGCAGCUGGCCACGCUCUGCGCAACCCUGAAAGAGUACCCUGCUGUCAGAUACCGAGGGGAGUACAAGGACAAUGCCACCCUGGCCCAGCUGGUUCAGGACAAGCUGGAUGCCUACAAGGCUGAUGACCCCACCAUGGGAGAGGGUCCAGAUAAGGCUCGCUCACAGCUGAUCAUCCUGGACAGGGCGUUUGACCCCGUGUCACCUGUCCUCCACGAGCUCACCUUCCAGGCCAUGGGCUAUGACCUGCUGCCCAUCGAAAACGACGUCUACAAGUACGAGACAAGCGGCAUUGGUGACUCCCGUGAGAAAGAAGUUCUUCUGCAUGAAGACGAUGACCUGUGGGUGAGCCUGAGACACAAACACAUAGCUGAGGUGUCCCAGGAAGUGACGCGCCAGCUGAAGGACUUUUCUGCCAGCAAGAGGAUGAACACAGGAGAGAAGACCACAAUGAGGGAUCUGUCCCAGAUGCUGAAGAAGAUGCCUCAGUACCAGAAGGAGCUCAGCAAGUACUCCACUCACCUGCAGCUGGCUGAGGACUGUAUGAAGCACUACCAGGGAACAGUGGACAAGCUGUGUCGCGUUGAACAGGAUCUGGCUAUGGGCACGGACGCAGAGGGAGAAAAGAUCAAAGACCCCAUGAGGGCUAUCGUUCCCAUCCUGCUGGACGCCAACGUCAGCACAUACGACAAGAUCCGCAUUAUCCUGCUUUACAUUUUCCUCAAGAACGGUAUUACGGAGGAGAACCUGAACAAGCUGAUCCAGCACGCUCAGAUUCCUCCCGAGGACAGUGAGAUCAUCACCAACAUGGCUCACCUGGGCGUCCCCAUCGUCACAGAUUCCACCCUGCGCAGAGGGAAGAAGCUGGAUAGGAAGGAGCGUGUGAGUGAGCAGACCUACCAGCUGUCCCGCUGGACACCACUGGUCAAGGACAUCAUGGAGGAUGCAAUUGAUGAUAAGCUGGACACCAAACACUACCCCUACAUCUCCACCCGCUCCUCUGCCUCCUUCAGCACCACUGCAGUCAGUGCUCGGUACGGACACUGGCACAAGAAUAAGACACCCGGAGAGUACCGCACUGGACCACGCGUUAUGGUCUUCAUCAUCGGCGGCGUGUCCUUCAGCGAGAUGCGCUGCGCCUAUGAAGUCACACAGGCCAAUGGGAAGUGGGAAGCCAUCAUUGGUUCCACCCACAUGCUCACCCCCACCAAAUUCUUAUCGGACCUGCAGCACCCCGACUUCCGAGAGUCCACUAGGGUGUCCUUUGAGGACGCUGAGCCCACAGCCGAGUGAGGCAGAGACAGAUUGGGAGGGAGGGAGAGAGAAAUCACACAGAAAAAAGAUCGACCCACAUCUUCACUCCCACCAGCCUCCUGGAGCAGCUCAAGGCCAUGAACAAACCAGACGAGGAAGUGACGAGCUAAAAUCCUCCAGUCACGUCCGUCUCCUUCUAACCCCGCCCCCCUCCAACCCCCACACAUCUUACCCCCCUUCCCCCCGCCAAACCCUAUCCAUUAAUUGUGUAUGCAUCUUGCUUGAGAAGAAAAAAAAAGACAUCUUAGAUGAUGAUAAAAAUAUAUAUAUAUGUUAUAUUGAAGAAGAAAAUUGUUGCAAGUAUUCUCUUGUUUUACAAUGGAUGCAACUAAAUAAACUGAUUUCACACGGUUUAAAUAUCAGAACUGAAGGCCAUUUAAAACGGAAAGUACCAAAAUGUAAUAAUGUAUGCUCUGGAACCUGCUAGAAUGUGUGAAGGUAGACAUUUCUCUCGUUUUUUUCCUUUGGGCUGCCCUUCUUGCUGUGAGUUUUAUUGGAAGCGGGUGGAGGAGGGAUGUGCAGUCGGAGAGGUUCAUGCUGUAAAAUAUAUCUGUCACCAUGCAAUAUAUGUGUAGACCCUGCCCUGACCCCCCCCCCCAUUUGAAAUGUUUGUAUUCAGUAGCAUGCUUGGACUUGUGUGGACUGUUACUGUGUUCGUAUCCCGAGAGCCGCAGAGUUAGCAUUUAGCUCUUUUCUGAGACGUUGUGGUCGAAUACUCACCCGAAAACCUUUUUUUUUUUUUUUUUUUGAGUAUCAAAUUGCACGAUAAUGUGACCCGAAACCUCCAGCUUAAUUGAAAGCACCGUGGCUUACUAAAAACUGAACUGUUCCUAGACGUAAUUAGCAUAUUCUAUGAGGGCCAAAAACAAGUUCCGUUAGGUCGCAGUGACCUGUGACUGCCAGAGUCUUUGUGCCAAAUUAAAGGAAAUUCCAUCAAGGCGUUCCUGAGAUGUGGCUUUUUUUUUUUUUUUUUUUCAAGAAUAGGACACACGUGUGACCACAUCAACCACCAAAACUGAAUCAGAGUGAACAUUUGUGCCAAAUUUGAAGCAUUCCCAUUCCUUUGUACCCACGGAUGCAGAGGCGUAAAAACACAGAAGACAAAUAAAAGUUCUAUUUUGACCAAACGGCUAAGGAAAUGUUAGCGUCUGGGAAAUGCUGAGUCAUGUUGGACACAACAGAAGUGGAUAUUAGAAGAUGUUUUCACCGUUCUUUUGGCGGAACGGUGGAUCCAACCUCCUCACCUCGAAAUGCCUUCACAGCUGGCGAGCAGUUGAUACUCAAAACAAGUUUUCGGUUUAAGUAUUCCCUCAAAGCGCUUGGUUGAGCAGGCGUGAAGAAGACAGAGCUCUGCUAAGACGCCAGAAUCAUCCCUCCUCCGGCCGCCGAGACUGUAAAGUAUUUACUUGCCACAACAUUUUUCCUUUCCCUCCCGGAAAGACUUCACGUUUAAUGUCGAAAAAGGCCGUUGCUUGCUGAUAUUUAAUGAAUAAUCUUUAAAAGGGCCAGUUGUAUUUCAGUAUUGUAUCCUGUCAGAUUAAGUCUUAUCAUUGGUUAGUAAUGAUGUUCAAUUGGGCCAUGCACUGAGUAGUGUUGUGUAUAUGCCAUACGUUGCUGUUUUUAGCGUCUCACUGUUGACUGGUGAUAUUUCUGACUGUGAAGUAGUGAAACUUUUCCUUUAAAAAAAAAAAAAAUGCCAAUGUGAAGCCUCUGUGUUUGUGAAGUUUUAGCUGUAGCUGUUAGUGGUCAACUGGGAAAAAGAACUAAUAUCUAUAUUUUCUUUGUCUGUUUCCUCCUCUGGUGCAAUGUAAAACCCUCCAAUGGUGAAUGGCUUUGCAAGAAAAAAAAAACGAACUUAAACCCAAGCCACUUUUAUUUCCUCCCUCUCUUCCCUCUUUCCUGGCCAAACGACGUUGCAUAUUGCACUAUAAUGCGUUUUCUGUGAUGCAAACGCUUGACUUUGUGUGUGUGUGUUUUUUUUUAAAUCAUUAUUUGCUGUUGCAUAGGUUUUACUCUGUCAAAUCAAUUGAUUUAUAUCAAAUUUAUUUAUCAGAGAAAAAUAAUAUUGAAACAUUAGUCUGUCCUGAAACUCUUUAACUUAUUGGGAUUGUAUGUUUGCGAGUGUUGAAGCACAAACAAUACUUCCAUGUGUACCUAGUAUGUACUAAGGCUGUCUAAUAAAUUGGCUUCCAUUAUA